AUGCCUGUGCGACGAGGUCAUGUUGCGCCGCAAAACACAUUUCUGGGACUAAUAAUACGGAAAUUCGAGGGACAGAAUAAGAAUUUUGUCAUAGCCAAUGCACGAGUGCAGAACUGCGCAAUCAUCUACUGUAAUGAUGGAUUCUGUGAGAUGACCGGUUUCUCCAGGCCAGACGUCAUGCAGCGGCCCUGCAUCUGCGACUUCCUGCACGGGGAACAGACCAAGCGGCACUCCAUCACCGAGGUCGCCCAGGCUCUGCUGGGAUCAAAUGAAUGCAGGGUGGAGAUCACCUACCACCGCAAAGAUGGUUCGGAGUUCCUCUGCAGUACACACAUCAUCCCGGUGAAGAACGAGGAGGGUGUGGUGAUGAUGUUCAUUCUGAACUUUGACUACGUUCAGGAGGAGGAAGAGGAAAGGAGCAAUUCACCUGAGAAACUCAACCUUACACCUUCUGCUAAAACUGAAGACAGGAAAGGGAGAUUUUUUAGAUUCCGGCUACCAUCUCUGAACCUGCUGGGUACAAGUAAGCAGUCUCUGCCACAGGAAGACCCAGACACAGUGAUGGUGGACUCACCGAGAGCCAGUGACGACUCUGUGCCCUUGAGAGACUUCCCUUCUCCCACUAAGGACAGCUGCAGUCCUGCUGAUGCCAAUGACACAAGAGCCCUCAUUAGCUCCAGUCCCCACUCAUCCCCCGUUAGCACGUCCGAACCCCUCGACCACUCAUCGCCUAAACAGCUGUGGGAUCGUCCUAGCCUGUCUCAAGCCCAGUCCAGUACCUGCCUGGCACAAUCUAUAUCCAAGGACACUGUAUAUAGCAGAAGACGAGCCUCAUCUGUGCAUGAUAUUGAGGGUCUCAGCAACAACUCCAAACGUUGGUUAAGGGAUCGGCAUGCUAGUGAAGACCAUGGCCGCAGUCUGAAAGGUCCUUUUAACCACCUCAAAUCCAGCCUACUGGGUUCCACCUCAGACUCCAACCUGAACAAGUACAGCACCAUAAAUAAAAUCCCUCUUAUUGCGCUCAGCUUCUCAGAGACCAACAAUGACAGAAAAGCCCCCUCACCCCCUGGGUCUGAGAAGACCAUUAUUGCGCCGAAGGUUAAAGAUCGUACACACAAUGUCACAGAGAAAGUCACCCAGGUCUUGUCACUGGGUGCAGAUGUAUUACCCGAGUACAAGCUCCAGGCUUCACGGAUGGAUAAAUUCACCAUCCUGCACUACAGUCCGUUCAAAGCCAUGUGGGACUGGCUCAUCCUGCUUUUGGUCAUCUACACUGCCAUCUUCACACCGUACUCCGCCGCCUUCCUGCUCAACGAUCGUGACGAUCAGCAGAGGAGAAAGUGCGGCUACUCCUGCAGUCCCCUCAAUGUUGUUGACUUAAUGGUGGACAUCAUGUUCAUCAUUGACAUCCUUAUAAACUUCCGCACAACUUACGUGAACUUAAACGAGGAGGUGGUGAGUCACCCGGGGAAGAUCGCUGUGCAUUACUUCAAGGGCUGGUUCCUCAUAGACAUGGUAGCAGCCAUUCCCUUUGACCUGCUCAUCUUUGGAUCAGGCUCUGAUGAAACAACAACUUUGAUUGGUCUGCUGAAGACAGCCCGGCUGCUGCGAUUGGUCCGUGUGGCUAGGAAGCUGGACCGUUACUCUGAGUAUGGUGCAGCGGUGCUCAUGCUUCUCAUGUGCAUCUUUGCGCUCAUCGCCCACUGGCUGGCCUGUAUCUGGUAUGCCAUCGGUAACAUGGAGAAGCCUUAUCUGGAACACAAAAUUGGCUGGCUGGAUAAUCUUGGUGUGUCUAUUGGAAAGCGUUACAACCAAAGUGACCUCAGUUCUGGACCCUCCAUUAAGGACAAAUAUGUUACGGCGCUGUAUUUCACAUUCAGCAGUCUGACCAGCGUGGGUUUCGGCAACGUUUCACCAAAUACCAACUCUGAGAAGAUCUUCUCAAUCUGUGUCAUGCUCAUCGGAUCCCUAAUGUAUGCCAGCAUUUUCGGAAAUGUGUCUGCCAUCAUCCAGCGGUUGUACUCUGGAACAGCACGGUAUCACACACAGAUGCUGCGCGUGAAAGAAUUUAUCCGCUUCCACCAAAUCCCCAACCCACUCAGACAGAGGCUAGAGGAAUACUUUCAGCACUCUUGGAACUAUACCAACGGCAUUGACAUGAACAUGGAGGUGUUAAAAGGCUUUCCUGAGUGCUUGCAGGCAGAUAUCUGUCUCCAUCUAAACCAAAGUCUGCUUCAGGGCUGUAAAGCAUUCCGCGGUGCAACUAAAGGCUGCCUGCGGGCUCUGGCCAUGCGCUUUAACACAACCCAUGCUCCCCCAGGAGACACUCUCGUCCACUCCGGAGAUGUCCUCACCGCUCUGUACUUCCUGUCCCGAGGUUCCAUUGAGAUCCUGAAGGACGACAUUGUGGUGGCCAUUCUUGGUAAAGAUGACAUCUUCGGAGAGAUGAUCCACUUGUAUGCAAAACCAGGAAAGUCGAAUGCAGAUGUGAGAGCUCUGAGCUACUGUGAUCUACACACCAUCACCAGAGAGGAUCUACUGGAAGUGCUGGAUAUGUAUCCUGAGUUUUCUGACCAUUUCCUUACCAACCUGGAGCUCACGUUUAACCUGAGGGAUGAUAAUGCCAAGGCCAGUUUUGCACAUGGCAGUGACACAGAUCAAGAGGACAAUAAAGGCAAGAGGAAGAUUUCCUUCAGUCUUGAGCCAUCCAAAGGGGAAAGCAACAAGGACCUGGUAAACGAGAGCAGAAAGGAGCGACGAGAUUCAAGGCUGAGCUUAAAGAGAGGCUCUGAUGAAUGCAGGGCUUCUAGGGAGGAGCAGAGUACUCUGUCAGCAGGAAUUCUGGGAUAUCCCUCUGCAGAAGGUUUUAGUUCACCCAGUGACUGCAGCCCAUCUAUUGGCAAGCUGGAGCGAGACAAGUAUUCUAAUGACAGGCAUAACGAUGACUGGGAGAGUGUGAGGCAAAGAAAUUCAACAGAUAACUCACAAGCACAGUCAUGUGAGCUGAGGGAAGAGGAAGAUGAGGAUCUAGAGAGUGAUAUUACAUAUGGAGAAGUGCAGCAGAGAUUGGAUCACCUGCAGGAGCAUCUAAACAGACUGGAGUCUCAGAUGACAUCAGAUAUCAAGGCAAUACUGUGCUUACUGCAGAGACAGUCAUCCACAUACCCACCUACGUACAGUGCUGUCACUGCAAGCCAGGACUACAAGAAAGCAGCCAACACUAGCCAAAGGCCAACUACUCCACCUGCCCCAGAGAGUCAGGGGACGUCUCAGCCUUACAGCUCUACAUCAAACCAGACUGUUCUCUUCAGACACCAAAAUUCUAAAUCACUUCUUCCAAUCCACGUCUUCUCGCCCACUGAAGCGCCCGUCAGCAGUACUGUAGCUGCAGGACUCCAAAGGCCUCUAUCUGACCCUGGACUUCCAAGCAGUAGCACAGACUCUCAUCCAUGA